UGUAUAUAAAAUAUGUAUUGUCUUAGUUCAAUUUCAGUCGUGAGGAAAAAACUGCAACAUAUAAUUCUCGGUCAUUACACAAUACAAUCAAUUCAAUAACGAUGGAUCCCAAAAAAUUAUUUAUGCGACCCACCACAAAACGUGUACUAAUUAUAGGUGCCGGAGCCGCAGGUCUAUGUGCAUUGAAACGUGCACUUGAGUAUAACAUGGAACCUGUAGUAUAUGAACAAACUGACGAAAUUGGUGGAUAUUGGAACUGCAGAAAAGAAAUUCCAUCAGAUAAAUCCGAGGAAGAAAUCAAUUGCAGCACAUACGAGGAUUCAUUCAUAAAUUUACCAAAAGAACUUAUGGAAUAUCCAGAUUACCAAUAUUCUGAUCAACUUAAAGAUUCCUUUAUCUUGUCAAUGGAAGUUUUAAAUUAUUUGCAUUCAUAUGCUGAGCAUUUUGCUUUAAGAAAAUAUAUCAAAAUUUUACAUGAGGUGAUCAGAGUACGUAGACGUAAUGGAGAAUGGGAAGCUUUUAUUUGGAACACUGUUGCUAACAGCUAUGAUUUUGAAUUUUUUGAUUAUGUUUUUGUUUGUACUGGACAUAAUCGAAAACCAUAUUAUCCAAAUAUACCGGGCAGGGAACUAUAUAAAGGCAAACAAAUGAAUUGUCAUUUGUAUCGUACACCACAAAUUUUUAAAGAUACCAAUGUUCUAAUCGUAUGCUAUGAUAUUUGCGGCUUGGAUAUAGUCAAACAGAUUUCCAAAACAGCAGAUACAGUUUAUUUGUCCCACAACUUUUUACCACCACCGGAUACUACAUUUAUGUCAAAUGUUAUUCAAAAACCUUAUGUCAAAGAAUUAACUGAAGCUGGCGCGGUUUUCUUGGAUGAUAGUCAAGUAGCAUUUUCAAAUAUAAUAUACUAUACAGGAUAUCAAUAUUCAUAUCCAUGCCUAAGCACAGAUUGUGAUCUACGUUUGCGCAACAAUCGAGUUUAUCCACUCUACAAACAUAUCAUCAAUAUUAAUAAUCCAACUAUGGCUUUGAUAGGUAUUCCAACUAACGUCAUACCAUUGCAAUUGUAUGAUCUGCAAGUACGUUUUGCACUGCAGUAUUUCACUUAUACUAAGGAAUUACCCAGUGCUGAAGAAAUGUUGAGAGAGGUGGAAGAAACAUAUGAGAAACGCUUACAAGGUGGGUUAACAGAACGGCAAUCACAUCAAAUGGGAGAAUUACAGUAUGAUUACUAUAAGGAGUUAUCGGAAACUGCUGACAUUGAGAAUAUAAAGCCAGUUGUGCAAAAGAUACGAGCUGAUUUUGAUGCUAAGAAUGUCAGUGAGUUGGAGAGUUAUCGAAAUAGUUGUUAUGAGAUUAUUGAUAAUCAUAACUUUGUUAAGUGCACCAUAAAGGAAUAAUUUCGUUAGAUAUAAGAGUGUAUGUAUAUUAUUCCAAAACUGAAUCAAUAAUCUAAUAAA